AUGCCUGCACCCAGGUUCUACCAGGGCCGCCGGCAGGCGUUACCUCCCUUAGGCUCCCAACCAAAGGACGAGGACGAUGCCGAACUCCCAUUAUCCCAGGCCGCACAAUUAGCACCGCCGACUCAACUCGAGCGCCCGCGCGACGUGAUGGACCGGCUGCGCACAGAGGAGGCCGGCAAGCGCAAGGAAAUCCUUACGCGGUUCAUGAGCCAGUGGCGGCACAAGGUCGGGAACGACCUGUACCCCCUUAUCCGGCUACUCCUCCCCGACCGUGAUCGAGAACGGCCGGUCUAUAAUCUCAAAGAGGCGAUGCUCGCCAAGUCUUACAUCGAAGUCCUGGGGAUCGACAAGCACUCCGACUCGGCGCUGCGCCUCACCAAGUGGAAGCAGCCGGUCGAGGGCCAGACCGACAGCGGAGCCGGCGACUUUGCGCGCGUGUGCUACCAUGAAAUUGCGGCGCGGUCGACGGUGGAGGAGGGCAAGCUGUCGGUCGAGGCCGUCAACACUCUGCUCGAUCGUUUAGCGGCUGGCAAGAUGAAGCAAGCCGACUACGUGCCCAUCCUUCGUCGCAUCAAUGAGCAGUGCACACCAAGCGAGCAGGAGUGGAUAAUCCGUAUCAUUCUGAAAGUAGACCUCCGCAUCUCGAUUCGCGAGAAGGCCGUCUUCGCGUGCUUCCAUCCGGAUGCUGCCACGCUCUUCAACGUGUGCUCCGACCUGAAGCGCGUCUGCUGGACGCUCUACAAGCCCGAGAUCCGCCUUGAAAAGAGCCAAGCAAACAUCGAGCUGUUCCGAUGUUUCCUUCCCCAGCUGUGCCACCGCUCUCCAUCGUCCUCGCACGACGCCAUCGCCAAGCUCGUCGGCGCACCGAACGCCGAGUUCAUCAUAGAGGAGAAACUCGACGGAGAACGAAUUCAGCUGCACAUGCGCGGCAGUGGGACGGAGUGGUUUUACUGCUCGCGCAAAGCCAAAGACUAUACGUACCUCUAUGGCUCCCAUAUCGGCGAGGGAAGCUUGACUCAAUACCUCUCUGGCGUAUUCCAAGACGACGUUCGCAAUAUCAUUCUCGACGGCGAGAUGAUGGUCUGGGACCCGAUCCUUGAAAAGUACCUUGCCUUCGGAACUCUGAAGACGGCGGCAGGAGUCAAAGUCUUCGACAUCUUAUUCCUCAACGACCGGUGUCUCACAGGCGCUCGCCUUUCAGAACGGAAGCGCCUACUCAAGUCUGGUCGUGUCUUCCGAAACCUCGAGGAUUACAAAGGUCGCAUCGAGUUCGUCGAUGAGGAGAGAGGAAAGAGCGGAAAGGACAUUCGCGCUAUGCUCGAGCGCAUCCUAGAAUCCAAAGGCGAGGGUAUCGUUGUGAAGAGGUCCGACAGUCAAUACGUCACGAACUCGCGAGCUUCAGACUGGGUCAAGGUCAAGCCCGAGUACGCGGACCAGAUGGGGGAGAACCUUGAUCUCCUGGUCCUCGGAGGAUGGUGGGGCAAGGGAGGACGGACGGGAAAGAUCUCUUCCCUGCUACUGGGUCUUCGUGUUCCACAAGAAGAUGACGGCUCGGGCGAACUACCAAUAUUCGAGACCUUUGCGAGUGUGGGGUCUGGUAUGAGCCACGAGGACUAUGAGUGGAUUGUGAACAAGCACAGGCAGCACUGGAAGUCCUUUGACCGCCGGAACCCUCCCACGUGGAUGAAGGUAGGAGCUGUCGGGAUCGAUGACAAACCGGAUGUCUAUAUCGAGCCCGACAAGUCGUUUGUGAUGGAAGUUAAAGCCUCAGAGAUUGUUUCGCCAGCUACCGGCUACGGCGCUGGCUACACCCUCCGCUUCCCGCGCUGCCGCUUUAUUUUCUGGGAUCGUGCGAGUCGCAAUCAGCCAACAAGCGAAGAGCACCGUGAUCGUGACAUGUGGAAUUGCCUCAGUGUUGAGGAGUUCAUGACCCUGCUCCAAAAGCCCAAGAAGAGGUAUAUGGAUGACGAGAAUGGAACGGCCACUCGCAAGAAACCCAAAAUCACCCAGAAUCGCGGAAAGGUCGAACUGUUCUCUGAUUUCAAGGGACAGAAGAUGUCCGAAGACGGUGUGGAAGACCACAUCUUCCGCGACAUCACGUUCUUUAUCCCCAAGGACGCUCCAGGUCACACAAAGAAGGAACUGGAGGCGAUCGUGUUCAAGCACGGUGGCGAUUUCACACAAGCCCAGCUGGCGGACAACUCUGCCCUGGUAAUCUCAUGGGACGAUAAGACUCCGCGAGUAAAAGCCCAGAUCCGGAAGGGCAUCAGCGUUGUGAAGCCUCAGUGGAUUUUCGAGUCCAUCAAGCGGCAGCGGCCUAUUCCUCUGCUCAAGGACCUUCUCGUCUUUGCGUCAGAAGACGCGUCCGGCCAGAGGUACUUCAACAUGACCGUCGAAGAGAUGGACAAGGUGUCGCUUGUUCGCGACCGCACCGGCUCGGCCUUAAUUUCUGUUCUCGACGGUGAGGAAGAGAAAUCGGGUGACGACGCCAAGUCAUCGUCAGCAGCCGAAGGCUCGCCACCGCCAAUAUCCCAGGCUGCGCAGCGCGUUGCGGCGCGGGACACGGAGUGGGGUGUUCAGCGGCCGUCAAACCGUUCUUCGCCAGUCAGCUCGCCAGCCGACUCUGACGCAGAGACCGCCGAAGACGAACGCGAGGCCUUGCGCGACGAGGAGGAGGAUCAGGAUGAAGAGGAGGAGUACGACGACGAUCUUCCCGCGACAGCACAGAGCCAGACAGCCGCCCGGCCCGAGAUCCAAAGCCAAACCGUGGGCCGCUCUGCCGAAGGAUCGGUACCAGAGAACCCGCUCUUCCGUGUGAUGGAGAAGAGCAGCCCCCCCAAGGAUUACCAGCCGAUGGGCAUGGGUGCCGACGACUACGACGAGGACUUGAUCUUCACGCACCUCGUGUUCUACAUGGAUACUGCGACCAACGCCAAGAGGAACGGUUUAGCCAAUUCGGUACCGUCUACAGAGACGAUGCGGCACCUCGUGGACGCGGAGGAGAAGAUCCGUUGUCACGGUGGGCGCGUCACUGACGACGUGGAUUAUCCGGGCCUCACGCACAUCAUCAUGGACGAUGAAGACUCGGGCCGCUACGCCGAGCUAAUGCGCCGCACUUCAAAGCCCAAGCUCAAGCACAUCGUGCUCCCAUCUUGGGUGGACGAGAGCCUGGAAGAGGACACCCUUAUGGACGAGGAUUCGCAUAAGCCUCGGUAA